CUCUCAAGAACUCUGAUUUUACCCUCUAUUGCUGUGGUUUGGUGUAAAGCUGUUGAUAUUGGUAAGCAACAUAUCACCUGCUUGAGUGUUCUCCUUUUGUGUUUUCUCUCUUUCCCUGUUGCAUAUUCUCAAUGUAGGAAGAAAACAAAGUUUUUCAGUACUUUCAAGAUUGAGAACGAGUUCUGCUAGUAUUCUGCAGUGGCAAGGAUAACCAGAUGCGGUCAUAAGGUCUUUGAUUUGCUGGUGAUCAAAGAAAUGGCUUUUGCUUCACACUGUCAAGUUCUUUGUCUCUUCUUCUCCAUCUCAAUUUGCUUUUUCUUACAUUUCAAUUUUGGUGCUGCAACUUCACUUCUUGAACACAAGCCCGCAGAAAAUAGCAGUGUUAGUGCUGCUGUUAGUACUAAAACUGGUCUUGAGUUUUAUGAUGGAAGGCAAGCACAAGAAGGAGAAGCUAUAGAUGUAGAAAAGUGGAAUUAUGGAACCAAGACCAUAGUUUGUGCUGCGUUAAUUGGAGCUACAUUGCUUAUUUUUGCUGUCAGUGCGGUGGUGCUAUGUCUGAGAUGCAGAAGCAAAAUACCCAAGAGUUCUCAGAAACACAGGACAGCAAUUCUAUCAAGGGUUGCAGACAAGGUGAGUUUUGAUUCUGGCCCAGAGUUGUUCUACAUGAAUUCCUUGUCACAGUUGUUGGACAACAAAUCUAGUGUUCAAAAGAUGAAUGGCUCUAGAAAUGUGUUGUUGAAACCAGUGAAGUAUGAAACACUUCCUUGUUCUGAGAGAAAUGUGUCUCACUCCCCAAGUUUUUCUCCAUUUAGUUCUUCCAAUAGAUCAAUUUCCCCUGAUUUAGAUUUAGAGAAGCAAUCCUUUUCAAUGUCUUCACCAUGUGAAAAUAAGGGAGUCUCUUGUGCUGAUGUCAAUGAAGAAUCUCAUUCUUCUUCUGUGCCAUUGUUUUGUAAUGGCAAUGGUGGAAGAAUUCCAAAACCACCACAACCUCCACUACCUCCAGUGCCUCUUGCAAGAGUUCAGUACUGUAGGCCAGUUAGCAAAGAAGGUUCUCCUUUGCCAAGGCUGAAGCCUUUGCACUGGGACAAAGUAAGGCCUGCAUCCAGUCACUCCACAGUGUGGGACAAUAUCAGAUCAAAAUCAUUCGAAUUCGACGAGGAAAUGAUAGAACUUCUCUUUGGAUAUAACGGAAAAUGUUUGACGAGAAAUGAAGAAGUGAGGGCAAAGAAUCCAUCCCCGGGGUUGUCAAUUCUGGAGCUUAAGAGGUUGCAGAACAUCACUAUAUUGCUGAAGGCUUUGAAUGCAACCAUUGAUGAUGUUCAUCACGCAUUGAUGCUAGGUACAGGAUUAUGUGUGGAACAACUUGAGGUGCUCUUGAAGGUGACGCCAACAAAGAUUGAAGAAGAAAAGCUUGUCAAUUAUGAAGGUGAUAUAAAUAACUUGGCUUCAUCAGAAAAAUUUCUGAAGGCAAUGCUUGAAAUUCCGUUAGCAUUCUUGAGAAUCAAAGUAAUGUUGUACAAGCAAAAUUUUGAUGAGGAUGUUUGUCACUUAAAAGAAACCUUCAGAAUGCUUGAGGAUGCCUGCAAGGAACUCCGGACCAGUCGGCAUUUCCUGAAACUUCUGAAAGCUGUGCUUAAAGCCGGGAACCGAAUGAAUGUAGGGACUAUGAGAGGAGGAGCAACAGCUUUCAAACUUGAUUGUCUACUUAGACUAGCAGAUAUUAAAGGAACCGACGGGAAGAUUACUUUGCUGCACUUUGUUGUUCAAGAGAUGAUACGAGCGGAGAAUGUCACCAAUAAUGAUGCAGAAGAGUGUUCACAGAUGAUGGCAGCAGACUUGAUGUCGAUACUUAAUUCUGAACUUCAAAGCGUAAAGAAAAGUGCAAAUUUAGACUUGGAUGAUUUAGCAAAUGCAGUUCUGAACCUGUCCAAUGUGAUGAAUGAGAUGAAACAUUUGUUACAAGAGGACUUAUGCAUGUAUGAGGAUGCAUGGAAGUUUGUGAACUCCAUGAAACCAUUUUUAGAUCAUGCUGAAGUGGUCAUCAAGGAGCUGAAGGAUAGUAAAGAAUGCGCGCUGGUUGGUGUUAGAGAGAUCACAGAGUAUUAUCACGGGGAUGUUGGCAAGAACGAAGUUAAUUCUCUUCAGAUCUUUGUUAUUAUCAGGGAUUUCCUUGAACUCUUGGAUAGAGAAUGUAAAAGUUGAGAGGCUCAAGUAAACUGUAGAGGUUGUAUUUUACUCGUAAGUUCAACAACAAUGAUUGACAAAGUGAUACGCUCUCUUUUCUAAUUGAGC